CAAAUAUUGAGGCGGGUGCACUUGUUGCGACAGCUGCGUCAGUCCUUUCAUCGAAACAUAAAAAUGUUAACCAUCUGUUCAUAUUGUGAAAGGUGUUCAAGGAUUAGAGAGUAAUUAAUAAUUGGAUAAUUAAAUUCUGAUAUCAGAUUUUCUGAUAAUGGUCAGCUUGGUUCGUACUUUUCAUUCUCCAGUGAGUGGUGCUGUGUUUUUCGACAGUCCGAUGAACAUGGAGGAAGAGGAACAACCCGUCCUCUCUUCUGAGGAGGAAGAAACCUUUCAGACGUUAGAUACAGCUUUAAUUGCAGUCGUUCCAUUGAUAUUUGGGGCUGUUUUGGAAAUCACUGGAAUUAUUUUUGUAUCUCUAUGGCCGGAGGAGCGUAACAAAUGCGACACAUAUUUCAUAUUCCUCUACCUCCAUUGCGCCUAUUGGCUCAUGAUUAUGGUGACAGACUACCUCAUCCGCCAGAAGCAUCACAACCUGAGAAUUUGUGGAUACCUUGAUUUCUAUCAGUCAACGUAUCAGCACAUUCGAACACCAUUGUUCAUAGCUUCCCUCUGGAAUACAGCAUAUCUACUGCUCGCUGUUAUUCUUCAUCAUACCCACAAGGUCGACUACGAGACGUACUGCCGAUCAUCAGAGUGGUUCACUCCUGUCAAUUAUAUUUUACUGCUGACUACUUUGGAGCUGAUGAUUAUUAUUCCUGUUUAUGUGAAUUAUAUCAAACGCGUUCGUCGAUUCAAUCGCACAAAACCACCUCCUGACGUAACUAGGGAGGAAUGGUUGACGUCAUUCACUCAAGAUUCCUACGCAGGUAAUACUGAAGUUGGCUAUCAACAGAGAGGAUCCAAUCUCACUGAACUCCUAGAAAAGCAAGCAGAUCUGAUAAGGUACCUGAGAGAUCACAAUGUUAAAUUGAGCCAUCGUAUGAUGCUCCUGGCAUCGUUGCCACGUGCCGAAACUUAGACGAAAACCAGUGAAAAUUAUCGAGUGAAAAUACUUUAAAAUGUUUUACAAUUACUAACCAGAAGUUCAAUGUGUGCUAUCUACAAAUAUGGAUAAUAUAUCAACGAAUUUUCAAUAUAUCUGAACUGUUUUGAAUGGAAUGUAAUAAUUGUUUUGUAUUUUCAUGGAUUAACUGUAUUCUAGCAAAAUGACUUUUGUUUCUGUAUGAAAGUAUCACAGAAAAACGAAAUUAUGAUAUUAUCCUUGUUUGUUAUAAAAUGAUGGACAAAUACAAAUGUCAAAAAUCAACAUUUUAGUGUAUCAGAAAUUCCGAUUCGAUUAACAUGAUCAUAUGAUCAUAUCAUGAUGGUGAUUAUUAUAUAAUGGAUCAUGUAUCCGCUUUUCGCAGUCAGAGACGAUGUUUUUAUUAUAGGAAUUACGUUUCACUGUUUCAGUUAAGUUAGAAAAGCCCUUUAAUUGCGUCGGGAAAUUCUAUUCUAAUUUCUACGAAGACCUUCGUUGUUUCCCUAUAAGGCGUAGUCUUCUCACAAUCAUUUACUUUCUCGGGGGCUUCGUUUUAGUUACGAACGAAUGUAAAUCUUCAAAUAAAUCUAUCAUUGCUUAAGGCCCGGUUGGACGCAUUAAACGAUCUGGAAUAGAUAGUUUUUGUUUUUAUAUAUUAUCUGAAACUUUGCGGCAGUCCUGCAUCAAGCAAUAAUGCAGACAACAAAUGAAAAUAUCUGAAAAAAAAGUCAAAAAAAUAGAACCUGGCCGUUUUAAUUUUAGGAUAAAGGCAAUAAAUGCAAAGGCGGUAAUGCCUGAUUUAGUGUAGGAGGAUGAGAAAGGGGAGGGCUAUAAAAGUAAAAGAUUUCCUAAGGGGUUCAUGGAGCAUUAUUUCAAAAUAUUGUUCCCGGAAAUUUUUCUUUCAAUUUUUAAAAAUUUUUUAAUUACCCUAGUCCUACCGUAAAAUGCCUAGAACUCUGGGAAUUAGAAAAAAUUAAUUGAGGUGGUGAUCAACUGUCACUUUAGAACCCACCAGAUAGCAACAUGAAUUUGGCCACCUCUGUCCUUCUCUCGCAAUAAAUGACAGUUAAUCACCUCAAGAAAAGCUUUUGAAUUCCCUUGGUUUUACGCAUUAUAGAGUAAGACUAUUCAUAUUAAAGAAUUACUAAAAAUAAUUAAUCAUUGUACAGAGAACGAUAUUUUAACAUAAUCCUCCGUGAAUCCAUCAAGAAAUCAUUUACUUUUAGAGCCCUUCCCUCUCCUCUCCCAAUUCAGGCAUUAUUUAUUUUUUUCUUACUUUUUUUCAGCAUAUUUUCUUUUUUUUGUGCAUUUCUGCUUGACGCAGGUCUAGAGCAAGGCUGCAGAUAAAAUAGAAAAACAAACACGAUCUGUUCCAGAUAGUUCAGUCUAUUUAACCAGACCUUACAUUCGAAUUAAAUUAAGUUCCAAUAAGCAAUUACAAGUUACCCCGAAUUUAAUUGAAAAAUUGGAAAUCGAUUCAUACAAGGAGAACAACAGCUCUGGUUUCGAGAAGAUAAGUCCUUUAUACCAGGCAGCAUUAAAUUUUAAUAAUAGAUUUAAAAUGACGAAAAGGCGCUCUAAUAGGCAAUCCUUGAUAAUAGCCUCUUAUUCAUUCAAAGAGAAAUGUUUGAAGAUACUUCUCUUACAUUUAGUAUCUUGAGGUAAGUCAACUAAAUACACUGAUGUGAAUUGAAAGUAUUCGUUUGAUAAAUACCAAGGAUAAUGUUCUAACUCCGUUUUUCUAUGAUACUUUUAUUCCAUAACACGAUUGAUUUUUAGUGCUGUAGCUUUAAUUAUUCGUAAAUGAGUUCCGUUGUCAAUGAAAACCGGAACAAAUACUAAACCCCCUGCUCUUUUAAUAAUAAUGAACUUCGCUUAGAAUUAUUCUCGAAGCAUCUUUGAGUAUGUAACUGCGUAAUAAGUCAUCGAUUAUUUUAAAAUACAUUAAGAUUACCCUCUAAAUUAAUUAGUAUACCAAUGAGUGAGAGAGAGCAUCUAUAGGCAUAAAAGUAAAAUAUGGUAUCUGUGAUAUAAAUUGGAUAUCUUCAAGAUCAAUCAUUUGCGUGUAAAUAAUAUAAUUUUACCAACUCAAUAAAAUAUAUAUUCAUUAUAUAUU